GCCGGUGCUGGAGAGGCGAGCAAGUGGAAGUUUGACUUGCAGACGCCCGUGCUGCAGCAAGCCGCUCUGAAAAGCGGAGACGUGUUCGAAGUGGAGGAAAACGGCAAGGUCUUCUACGCUUUCCAAACCGUCUCCACCAGCGUCGCCACCAGCAGCAAGCAGAAAGUGGGCACCAAGCAGGCGGACCUCCAGCUGACCGACGAGCACAGAGCUGGCUUCGACGCUUUCUUCGGCAGCUUCGACCCUAGCCUGAGAGUGAACUCCGCUUUCAGCAAGCCCAAGACCAAGAACAACCUGCUUGCUUUGGAGGACGCCAAAGCCUCGCCAACAGAGUGGGCGCCUGAAGUGCUGGAGAAGGUGGACGAGGCCCUCAACCUAGCAGGUUCGGCCAA